GAUAUACAGUUAUCAGUAAAGACUUUUAAUACCAGAGGGCUCAGAGAAUUUAAAAAAAGGAAAAAAGUGGCAAACUGGAUAAAUGAGAAGAAAAUUGACGUAGUUUACCUACAAGAAACACAUAGCACACCACCUGAUGAACCAUUUUGGUCUUCCCAGUUCAGGGGUAAAUGUUGGUUUUCACAUGGCACAAACGCAGCAUUUGUAAAAGGCCGUAACAUCUGUGAUUACGUGAGGUUGAUUGAUGAAAUUUAUCAAUACACAAAAGAUUCCAACCUAGCAGCCUUACUCAUUGCAAUCGACUUUGAAAAGGCUUUUGACACUCUUGGUGUUUUAAUUCAUGAGGUAUUAGCUAUAGAGGUGUGGAAAGCCAAUGUGUUCACUGUCAUAACGAGAAUGAACUUUGAACCCAAGACUACAUUUCCACUCUAUAUGACCCUCUACCAUGAAGCAACUUUAGUCAGUUUCUUGGAAACCAUUUUAUUUUACCGGGAGACAUGUGAAGCAGCUGAAGAAAUUAUCUUAGAUUUAAUAGAUUACUGUUACAGAAGAAUAACUCACCUUAUUGCAAAACAAGAAGCUGGAGAGUUAGAAGACAAUGUCAGAAAAGAUCGAGUGUCUGAUUCAUCAACGAAUAAUUUGGAGGAACUGAAGCACCAAGAAAACACAAUCAAUUUUGAUGUCUGUAUUAAAUCAAUAUCAAUAUUAAGAUACAUUACAGACCAUUUGUCAGGGAUUCCAUUAAGUGGUUUAACCAGGAUGUUAAAUACACAUGAUGUGCCAGGACUACUUGUACAACUGAUGGAAAACCCACCAUGGAGUAGAAUGCAGGAAG